AUGGCUACUGCUCUCGCUGUCGGGUUCGGAAUCGCUGCUACCGCCUUCUUCGGUCGCGCUGGCCUCGUGGCUUUCAAGCGCUACCGUGGUGGCACCAGCGCAGUAGGCAAGGCCUUCUACAAGGGCGGCUUUGAGCAAAAGAUGACCAGAAAGGAAGCUGCCUUGAUCCUCGAGACCACGUUCGUUCCUGCCGUACACUUCUCUAUCUGGAAGCACGCCACUAACCGUCCCUGUCACAGAGAACGCGGCCUCACUCGCGACAUCAUUCGCAAGAAGCACCGUUCGCUCAUGCUGCUGAACCACCCCGAUCGUGGCGGUAGCCCUUACCUGGCCACAAAGGUCAACGAAGCAAAAGAACUGCUGGAGAAGACGACAUAA